UAUGGCAUGAAGUUAACCUGGGACAUCAAUGACCCCAAGCUGCCGCAGGAGCCCAAGCACUUUGACAGUUUCCAGGAAUGGCCAGAUGGCUAUGUGCGGUUCAUCUACUCCAGUGAGGAGAAGAAUGCACAGAGACAUCUCAGUGGUUGGGCUAUGCGCAACACCAACAACCACAACUGUCAGAUCCUCAAGAAGUCCUGUCUUGGUGUGGUGGUUUGUUCCAGAAGCUGCACCCCACCAAACGGCACCAGACUGCAGCUUCGUCCUGCCAUCUGUGACAAAGCUCGCCAGAAGCAACAAAAGAAAGUCUGUCCAAACUGUAAUGCAGCUCUAGAACUGAUUCCUUGCCGAGGACACAGUGGCUAUCCAGUCACUAACUUCUGGAGGCUAGAUGGCACAGCAAUAUUUUUCCAGGCCAAAGGAUUCCAUGAUCACUCUCGGCCAGAGAGCAAAUCAGAGGCAGAAGUAAGAAGAAGUGCUGUGAAGAAACAAACAUCCUCCUCCCAGCUUCCCCAGAAAAAGAGGCUUCUGGACUCCGAGGCAGGAUGGUAUCAUGAGAGCAGUGGUCAUUUCAACAAUAUCCAUCAUUUGCCAUGCAAGGAAGGCCCAGAGAGAUUCAGUAUCGUUACAGACACCAGCUUUCCUAUUGCAACUCAGUCUUACUCUUCAUUUCAAAAUACAGAUCCUUACAAAGUUACUCAUGACUCUAUUAGCUUUCAAGGGGAUAUGGUGUCACCCUACCAAAAGUGUCCUAACCCAAGGAUCUUUGUGCCUCGGCCUUGUGGCUAUGAAUUUGGAGUUCCUGCCUACAUAAGUUCUAGCUCCUAUCCAACACUUUACAAAGAUUUGACAAAUACCCCGGAUGAUACUGACCAUGUUAACUUGAAUGGAUCUCAACAUACUGGUUAUUCCUUGACUAUGCAUGACAAAAAUUUUGAUAACACUGACAGACAUCAUGGACUGAAACAGAUGAUGGGGAAAACUGGUUACGGAGACAGGAGUGACUACGGACAGAUUCAAGCAAACGCUAAUCAUCCUUAUUAUAGCGGGGAGUAUCCUUGCAGAUAUGGUAGCAAUUCCACUCCAUCAACCCCAGCUUUACAAACUGUUAUCACUACAACCACAAAAGUAUCCUACCAGGCCUACAAGCCCUCAGUAGUGAAGUACAGUGAUAAUAUAUGUGAUGUAAAAAACCUUCAGAAUUGCAGCCACAUUGCAGAGAACCUUUCAGGAACUGUUUACCCAGGGAUAAAGAUACAAGAAGACUGUGGUGUUCUCAAAUCGGCUUUGCUUUGCCAGCACGAUACGAUUUCCACAAAGCCAGAAAGAGUGGAGACUAUGGAUACCUAUCGGUAUGGGCCAACCCUGGCAAACAAUUACCCUGAGCAUGAAGGACAGCUAUUAAGAUUUGAAGGUGGUGAAUACUAG